GCUGCAGGUGCACAUCUGGCCAGGGAAAAUGCCGCUGCAGGCUGCCCCUGGGUUACUGUGGCUCUGGCAGAUUGUGCCCUUUCAGACACUGGCCGUGUUCUUGGGCCUGUUUUUGAUUUCCGAUGUCAUGAAAAGGAGACGACCGAGGAAUUUCCCACCGGGACCUUUGUUUCUGCCCUUCCUGGGCAACCUACUCCACAUGGAUGUCAAAAAGCCUCAUAUCGCCAUUGAGAAGCUUGCUGAAAAAUAUGGCAACAUUUUCAGCCUGCAGUUGGGUAACCUGAAAUUUGUGAUUGUAAAUGGAUUCCAGCUGGUGAAGGAAGUGCUUGUCCAUCAGGGCGAUGACUUUCUUGAUCGCCCAGACAUGCCUCUUAUCCAGGAAUUAAGCAAGUCAUUUGGAUUAGUAUUCUCCAAUGGACAUAACUGGAAACAACAAAGAAGAUUUGCUUUAUCAACUCUAAGAAACUUUGGCCUGGGGAAGAGGAGCUUAGAAGAACGCAUACAGGAGGAGAACAGAUACCUCACAGAGGCAUUUGAAGAAGAAAAAGAGCAACCUUUUGACCCUCAUUUUAAAAUUAACAAUGCUGUUUCCAACAUUAUCUGCUCCAUCACAUUCGGGGACCGGUUUGAAUAUCAUGACAGUCAGUUCCAGAAGUUACUGCGACUGAUUGAUGAGAAUUUCUAUCUCCAGGGAAGUAUUUGGAACCAGCUGUACAACACCUUUCCCACCCUAAUGAAGUGGAUCCCAGGACCCCAUCACACCAUUUUCAAAAACUGGGGGAAACUGAAGUGUUUUGUGAGGGAAAUUAUUGCAAAGCACAAAGAGGAGUGGAAUCCCUCAGAAACCAGAGACUUCAUUGACUGUUAUCUGAAGGAAAUGGCAAAGGUGGAUGCUGACCCUAGUUUCCAUGAAGAAAAUCUCUUAUUUUCCACACUAGAUCUUUUUUUUGCUGGAACUGAAACAACAUCUACAACCAUCCGCUGGGCUCUGCUGUACAUGGCCACAAAUCCAGAGAUUCAAAAGAGAGUGCAAGUAGAGAUUGACACAGUGAUUGGCCAGUCUCGACAGCCAGCCCUAGAGGACAGGGACAAUAUGCCGUACACCAAUGCAGUUAUUCACAAAGGGCAAAGGAUAAGCAACAUCGUGCCUUUAAAUGUGCCGAGAAUGGCAACAAGGGAUACAACACUGGAUGGAUACCAACUGCCAAAAGUAAGCUGGAAAGAAAUUUAUCUUUCAUUUCUCAUCUUGGUUUAAGAACUUAAAAGAGAUGAGCCCAACCCAGUGUCACAGACAGAUACACCUUUGCCCCGAGGAAGAUUCAGUUCCAAAUCUGUACAUAUUUUGGAAAGCAACAAAGAUACAGAGCAGCACUUUAAAAUAUUGGGAUAUAAUUCCCAAACCAAAAGCUUGAUACUCACAUUCCCAAGCUUUGAGACCAUUGAAAUCCCUAUCAGAAUUUUGCAAUCUUCAUAAAACAUGAUGUAAGUGAUUUAUAUUAACUGCAUGAAACCCUAGUAAAGGGACUAGGAAU